AUGAUAAAAAUACAAAACAAGUAUAGCUACUCAGAAGAAGAUCUCAUAGGAGAAGGUGCUUAUUCUAAGGUUUAUAAAGGUUUAUUCGAUAAAACUAAUGAAUUUGUUGCUGUAAAAGGUAUGAACUUAACAUCAUCUUAGUUAUUGAUUGGAGUAAAGUUAAGGAUAAAUAUUAUAUCUCUGGAUUUUAAAGAGAGGUUCGAAUACUGAGAGAUUUAGAACAUGAAAAUAUUGUUAAAAUAAUUGACAUGAUUCAUGAUCCCUGUUUAAAUAGAGAAUAUCUCAUAAUGGAAUAUUGUGAUAGUUAAAAUCUCACAAACUUCAUCUAUCAAUCUGGAGGACUUCUUAAUGAGAAUGUCUCUAAAAUAGUAUUAUAGUAAUUGUUGACUGCUCUAAACGAAUUAAUCAAAAAGGAGUAUUUACACAGAGACAUUAAGCCAGAGAAUAUCUUGAUUCACAAAAGGACUUUGAAAUUAGCAGAUUUCGGAUUCUCAGUUAAAGCAGAUUAUUCUGGCAAUCAACUCUUCAGAGAAAAUGUGGGAACUCCAUUGUAUAUGGCUCCAUAAAUACUUGAAAAUAAACACUAUUCAGUUAAAAGUGACAUUUGGUCAAUAGGAGUCAUGGCAUAUUAAAUGAUAUUUGGAGAAUACCCUUGGAUAGCAGACGAUCCAACAUAACUUUUAAAAUCAAUAAAAUCUCAAAAAUUAUAUUUUCCUUCACAUAUCUCAAUCUCAGAUGACUUCAAAGAAUUCAUUAAAAAUUGCUUAUAAUAUGAAGAAAAAGAUCGUUAUAAUUGGGAUGAUUUAAUCGAACAUAAAAUAUUUAAAACUAAAUAUGUUAUUUAAAAGAAUUACACCAAAAUUGAACAUCUCUAAGUAUUUUAAUAAAUUAAUUAAAGGAAUCAAUUAACUAGAUAAGAUAAUUGUAGAAAAAAAGAGGUACUCCUUUGGAGCAAUUAUUUACUAAUUUAGAUAUGGAUGGUGAUAAGAAGCUUACUUUCGAAGAGUUUCAAGUAUUAUUACUUUAUGUUGACAAUCGAAUGGAGAUCAAUAUACAAAAAGGAAUCUUUUAUAGAUACAAUGUUAGCAAAAAUAACUUGCUUAAUUUUAAUGAAUUUAGCAGGAUAUUUUGUUGA